AUGAACAGGACCAAGCUGAAGAAAAACCAAGUUGGACAGAAAAACAUCUCAUCCUUCUUUUCCUCUGAAAACCACCACAAGGACCUGUCAUCUUCCACAACAUUAUCCUUUGCUGACACACUCAACAAGACUGAACCUCAGAUCAAACAUGGACCAACCUCAACAAUCAAACCAAACCCCUUAAAGAGGAGCAUCUUUGGAGGCCUUGAAAACCUCCUGCCCUCCUCACCAGAUCUCCUACUCGCUGUCCCUGAGACUCCAAACAGUCAGAUCAGACCUGCUUCAUCUUCUUCAUCCAGUAAUCCAAGUCAACUGAAUGCCCUGCCCAGCAGAGAGGUGACAGGCCAGGAGAAGCUCGGCCAACAGUCCCCCAUCUGUCGCAGUCCUCGCUCUAAAGAGCAGAGUGUACGAAGAGUAAAGACUGAGGAGGGAGGACAAAACAAGAGGCAGGAGGGAUGUUCUAGCUCCCAGAAGAGACUUUUCAGCCCUCCCAAGGAGUCUCUCAGUGCAAAGAGACCAAGAACUGUCAAUUCACCUGCACAAAUAUGUGCACUCAGCCCUAUUAGGAACAACCUGACUACAAGGCCUUUGAUUGGCCCUCCGAAGACACCUCUUUGUCCUUUAACCCGCCUGAAGAUCAGCAGAGAAAACAACAAGGGCAAAAAGAUAAAAACAACAAAGAUUCUUGUUUUCACUGUGAUAACAGAGCAGAGGGCGGUGGAGGGAAAAGCCAAUGAAAAUCCACACACUCUUACGGGUCAAGCAGGGACACUGACUAUCACAAUGCAACGAGGAGAAGUGAAAAGGGGGCAGAGGACUGACCUCAAAACAAAGCAGGAUGAGAAAAACCCUGAAAAAACUGAAGCUGCAAUAACAUCAAAUGUAGACGGUAACAAAGUGCCGCCAUCAGAUCAGGAGGUAACUGGAGGAGUGGCGUUAGCAGGUCCCGAUGCGGAGGAGCUCAACGAGAGCUGGUUUGACGACCUGAUGGAUCACAAUGAAAGACCUGCCAUAGAGGACAAACCCAAAAAGCCCCUUAAGGUACCUGAUCAUGUGAUCCUCUCUGGAGGCCACAACAAUCGUUACUGGGUUUUAGAUGUGGAGGAGAGACCUGGCAGCAAAACACUGACCAUCUCCUGUUCCAAAUCUCUACAUCCGACUGAGACGUGUCUGCUGAAGGAUGGAUGGGAGAUGACGCCUGUCUGUCGUGGGGAUGUGGUGCAUCUGGAGGGCCAGUCCGAAGGUGGAUCCUGGUUAGUGGACAGGGAGCAUUGCUUCCUGGUUUUACUACCUGAUACUCUCAUCUCAGGAACCAGCAUCUCCAGCUCCAUCCGCUGCAUGAGGCGAGCGGUGCUGGGAGACAUGUUCAAGAGUUUUGAUGGCGGCUCUAAACAAAUGCUGAAUGGCACCAUGGUCCAUGAAGUGUUCCAAAGAGCAGCACCAGCUCAAGAUUUUUCCCUGGAGACGCUGUCUAAGCUAGCUGACCAGGCCCUGCACCGCCCUCAGUACCUGGGAGACAUGUACAGUUUGGGUGUGUGCCAGGAAGAGAUGAAGCAGGAGCUACAUGACUAUCUGCCCUCACUGGAGAAUUGGGCAAAGGAAUACCUCAGCUCCCAUACACCUAAAGCAAUCAGCAUUAAAAUUCCUAGCAGCAGCAAAGCUCAGAGCAGGGAUCAGGGCUCAGCCUCUUCUGUCACUGUUAAAGAGCUGGCAGACAUAGAGGAGAACAUCUGGUCACCGAGGUUUGGUCUGAAAGGGAAGAUCGACGUAACAGCACGGGUUCAAAUCCAAAAACCACGAAAUGUUACACACAGAACAGAGGAGAGGACUAUCCCCCUGGAGCUGAAACAGGGAAGGAGCCACUCAAUAGAGCAUCGCAGCCAGGUGAUUCUUUACACUCUGAUGAGUUUGGAGAGGUACAACUCUGAAGCUGGCUUUCUUCUUUACCUCAAAACGGGCAACAUGCACCCAGUCGUGGCCAGCCAUAUGGACGGAGAGCUGCUGAAGCUGAGGAACACUUUAGUCCAUCACAUUCACAACUGCGUGGAGAAACAAGUGAAGAGGAGCCGUUUGUCUAGACUUCCAGACAUCCUGACGAACAGACAAACCUGUCAGUACUGUCCGCAGAGGAGAAACUGUGCUUUAUAUGAGAGGGCAGUGGGUGGCAGCUCUGCAGAAGACACUGAGGAUGUUGUGCUUGACUUCCUGCAACAGGAGACAGGUCACCACCCUCCACAUCUUAGCUACUUUUCCCAUUGGCUGCUGCUCUGCUGCCUGGAGGCUCGGUCCAUGGAGGCAAAGAACGGUCGAAAGCGUGUGUGGCUUCAGACGCCAGAGGAGAGUGAAAAAAGCGGGAGCUGUGUCGGAAACGUGCAGCUCAGUGGUGCGGUCACCUUGCAGUCUGAAGGGGUUUUCCCUCCAUCGUUUCCAGCGAGAAGCGGUGCAGUUCAACAGAAGAAUUUGACUAACAGCGGUCUAUCCAGUGGGGAUCGCAUCGUUGUCAGCGACCAGGAGGGUCGUCUGGUUGCUUUGGCAACAGGAUAUCUGUGUGAAGUCAGCAGGACAUCGGUCGCCUGCACUCUGGACAGAGAUCUGUCAAAGUUCAGUGGUGUGCUGUUCCGACUGGACAGUGAUGAAGGCGUGAUGGGUCUCAGCACUCAUCUCACCAAUCUCUCCAGGCUGAUGGAAAACCACCAGGACAGUGAUCGUCUGAGGGAGCUGAUUGUUGCUCUGCGUCCCCCGAAGUUUAUUUCAAACCUGAGUUCUGUUUUGCCAAGAGAAGCUAAAGAAACCGUGGCCAACAUCCUCAAAGGUCUCAACAAACCACAGAAGCAGGCCAUGAAGAAGGUGCUGUUAUCUCAAGACUACACGCUGAUUGUUGGCAUGCCAGGCACAGGAAAAACCACCACCAUCUGCACCCUGGUUCGAAUCCUUCACGCCUGUGGGUUCAGUGUGUUGCUGACCAGCUACACUCACUCUGCUGUCGACAACAUCCUGCUGAAGCUAAAGCGCUUUCGGGUGGGAUUCCUUCGUCUAGGGCAAGGGCAGAAGGUUCAUCCAGACAUCCUGCCUUACACAGAGGAAAGCCUGAGGAAGAAGGGAGUCCACACUCUGCCGGAUUUGGAGAAGCUUUAUAACAAAGAGCUGGUUGUGGGAACCACCUGUAUGGGCAUCAAACAUCCCAUUUUCACACGCCGUCGCUUUGAUUUCUGCAUCGUAGAUGAAGCUUCACAGAUCAGCCAGCCGAUCUGUGCAGGCCCUCUGUUCUACGCCAAGAGAUUUGUCCUGGUGGGAGAUCACCAACAACUGCCACCAAUAGUGCAAAAUCAAGAAGCCAGGUCACUUGGGAUGGAUGAAAGUUUAUUUAAGCGUCUAGAGCUCCACAGUGAAGCGGUGGUCCAACUUAAUGUCCAGUACAGGAUGAACAGGCAGAUCAUGUCUCUCAGUAACUCCCUAAUGUACGAGGGUCGACUAGAGUGUGGAUCGGAGAGGACGGCUGAAGCCCUGCUCAACCUGCCCUUCCUGCUCUCUGUCCAGUCAGAGCUCGACUCACACUCCACGACUGAUCCUGAGCAUGACCUGGCUUGGGUGCAGGCCACAUUGUUACCUAGCAACCCUGUUUGCUUCUUGGAUUGCUCAAUGGUGCCUGCAUUGGAGUCUGUGGAGCAAGGAGGUGUCAGCAACCACACUGAGGCAGCUCUCAUACACAAGCUGCUUUCACUGCUAAUAAAGGCAGGAUGUAAGCCCAGUGAUAUAGGAGUAAUCGCCCCCUACAGACAACAGUUGAAAAGUAUCUCUGCUCUGCUGACGUCCUCCUCUUUCACCGGUGUGGAGGUGAACACGGUGGACAAAUAUCAAGGACGGGACAAGAGUCUGAUUGUUUUCUCUUUUGUCAGGAGCACUGCAGAGGAAGGACACUUAGGAGAGCUGCUGAAGGACUGGCGUCGCCUGAAUGUUGCCAUCACCAGGGCCAAACACAAGCUGCUGAUGGUGGGCUCUGCCACGACGCUGAGACGAUACGCUCCCGUGGAGAAACUACUCAACCAUCUUCAGCAGGAGAACAUGAUUAUCCAGCUCCCGCCUGCUGCCUACAAAGCCUUACCGAACAUCUCCCUGUGAUGUAAGCCUGUGGACCCAUGAAGGUGUUUCAGGUCACCUGUCUCACUGUGGAGUAGCCAAUCUAUCACCUCUACAAAACACUGAAUGAUGUCAGGGGGCUGUGAUUGGACUUUUAAUAGCAUAUAUGUAUUGCUAACCUGUCUUCAGGAAGAAAUAGUGUUGUAAAAUAAUCUUACUGGAGUUUUGUAGCCCACAGUCCCUGCCGGUCAUCUGGAGCUCCUAUAACUCUUCCUGUUAUUAGUCAAACUUACUUGAAGAAUGCAGGUUAACCCUUUUAAAUUUCAUAAUACGUUGAAACCAGUCUUUAUUUUACAAAGCACUUGGAAAGGGUGUUGGCCUAAUUCACUAACUUGUCCUAAUUGUACAUUUUGUAAAUCCACAGGUGGUAGCUUUUGAUUCAAUGAUUAAUACUGACACGAGUGAAGGGAAAUGUGAACACCUGAACUUUAGACAACCUCAGCAAGCUUUGCAAACACUAGACCUUCAUGGCCACAGCUGCGUUUGUUAAUGUUUAUACAUGUAAAUGAAACACAUUUCGUGCUGAUGCUGUGAAAUAACACUUUGAAAUGUAACAGCUAAUAGUCACAUACAUUUUUACUGUAUCCUGUGGACAGUGAAUGCUGUAAAGUGAGAGUGAAUAAGUAUUAAUCUUCAAGCCUUGACAAGGGUGAUUUACUGUUUAUAAGUAUUUUCAAUCAACUACCUCUAUUGAUCAACUGUGACAAUAUUUCAAGCUUGGCAUCUCCAUCAUUUUCAAACUUAACAGUUUGUUGUGUUUACACUGAGAGAGUAAUUUAUUGUUGUCUUAUCACUCAAGUUCAAUAAGCGCUGAAAUGUCCGUCAGUCGACUGAAUUUGAGUCUCAAUGUUGAAAAAUUUGAGUCUGACAGUUGAAAUGUUGAGCUACAUUACAUUAAGAGAUCUUCAUUGGUUAUUUGAGUGGAUUGUUUUGCCAGCUUACACGUUGGCAAAUUGUGUUAAAGAUAAGGAGAUUACUUUUUUUGUGAUUUCUUAUUUUAUUAAUCAACACUCAUCAGUCAGGUACUGCUUAAAGGUACUCGACAGCACAGUGGUGUGAAACGGUGAAGAUACCUUGGCAACAAAUGGAUCUAGAGACAGUCUGUUUAUUAUUUAAAAUGUCACUUCACAUUAUUCUGUAUACAACAGCAAAACACAUUUAAGAAUAGAAAGCAGAUUCAAAGCUGUGCAGAAAGAAUGAUUGUAUCUUUGUUCUUAUCAUGAAAAUCUUGUAAAACUCAAAUUUUUUUGGAAACGUAACUUUCAGAAUUCAUUUCUCAUCAAUCUGUUCUGCAAAUGUUCAAUGAGCAGCUGUGAGUGCACUGACCAGGUUAACUGUGAUUCUUGAUGUUUUGUCUUUAUUUUGUUUUGUUUUUAAAUGUUAAUUGUCAUUUGUAUGUUACCUGAAUAAAAAUCACCAAUACAAAUUAA